GUGGCAGUUGGUCUCCUACACGUCCAUCAGUAUUUUAUACAUGUCGUGUUGAUGGUAGUAUAGAAGUUUGGGAUUUACUUGAUAAAACUUAUGAACCAACAAUGAUUCAGUCAAUAUCUGCUAAUCCACUAACUGCUUUAUCUAUAUGGGAUUCACCUAAACGUCAAUUUAUAGCAACUGGUGAUAUUCAAGGAGUACUACAAUUAUUUAUUGUACCUAGACGUUUACAAACUCCUUUACCAUCAGAAUUAGAAAAAUUCAAUGAAUACAUUGAACGUGAAGUGAAAAGAAAAGAAUUUGUUUCGAUGCGUUGGAAUUUAAGAGAGCAAGAAAAAAUUGAACAAGAAGCGGAAAACAAAAGAAGGGCUGGUUUAGCACCAGCUGUUAUGUUGAGCGACGAAGAAAUCAUUCAGAAAGAAAAAUUCGAAUAUGAAAAGUAUUUAUCAGAAGAACAUACUUUCUUAAGAUCAUUAGGACUAGUUGAAGAGGAUAAUUAAGAAGAAUAAAAAAUGUGAAAGAAGAACAUUCGUUUGUCUUUUAGAAAUUUGUAACCUUUCGAAACGAUCUCUUUCACAUGAAUGUUAUUAAAUAUAUCGAUUUUAAUUAGGUGUACUCUUUUUGACCAAUUGUUUUUUUCAGGACCAAUUGCAGGUUAGUGAGGUCAUCUUUUGCAUGUAGCUCAAUUCUAGCUGUAUAUUAAACCUAUCGUUUUAAUUUUUACGAGAUCGAUAUAUUACCGAAAUUGAAUAAUAGGAACUCUUAUUUUGUACAGUUCUAUCUAAAUGAUAAGCAGAGAGACAAAUAGAUUUUUCUGACAGCAUUCAGAAUUAGUAGUGGAAACAUGAACUAACGUAUAAACUAAAGGGCUAUAUUGACUUUAU